AGUAGUCGUUGAUCACAAUUCAUAAACAAGUUUGAAUUCUUUCAAAACACAGACAAAACCAAUGAUCCAAAUCUCACAUCCCUUUAAAUUAAAUUGUUACUAUCUCUAUCUAUUCCGGCCUCUCUUUCUCUCUCGUUUCACCACCGCUGCCACAAUCCCUUCGCUAGCAAAACCACCGCAGCAACACUUGAUUUCCCUCAUAAAAUCAUGCACCCAAAAGUCCCAUUUGCUCCAGAUUCAUGCCCAACUCAUCCGCAACUCUCUCUUUCAAGAAUCUACCUUCUCUCUCCCUUUCUUGUCCCGUGUAGCACUCUCUCCGUUCCAAGAUAUCAGCUAUUCCCGCCAAAUAUUCUCUCAAACCCCAAACCCAUCUGUUUUCCAUUACAACGCCAUGAUAAGAGCUUACUCCAGGAGCAAUUCACCUAUUGAAGGAUUCUUAUUGUAUCAGGAUAUGAGACACAGAGGUUUGCAUGCGGACCGGUUAUCUAUGUCCUUUGUUAUCAAGUGUUUUGUUAGAGUUUCCUCUUUAAUGGGUGGCGUACAGGUUCAUGCUAGGAUUUUAAGAGAUGGUCAUCAAUCAGAUAGUUUAUUACUUACUAAUUUGAUGGAUUUGUAUUCGCUUUGCGAGAAGGGAGAUGCAGCGUGCAAAGUGUUUGAUGAGAUACCUCAGAGAGAUACUGUUGCUUGGAAUGUGUUGAUUUCCUGUUUUAUUCGUAAUCGUAGGACCAGGGAUGUUUUAGGUUUAUUUGAUGCUAUGGUAAAUGGUGAGUUUGGGUGUGAACCAGAUGACGUUACAUGCUUGCUUCUGCUUCAAGCUUGCGCGAACUUGGGUGCUCUUGAAUUUGGUGAAAAGGUUCAUUGUUACAUUCAAGAACACGGAUAUGGUGAUGCUAUGAAUCUGUGCAAUUCGCUUGUAGCUAUGUAUUCGCGGUGCGGGUGUUUGGACAAAGCAUAUGGUGUGUUUCAGAGCAUGCGCAAUAAAAAUGUAGUUACAUGGACUGCCAUGAUUUCUGGUCUUGCAAUGAAUGGGCAUGGAAGAGAAGCUAUUGAAGCAUUUCGAGAGAUGCAAAGAAUAGGUGUUUUGCCUGAUGAUCAAACUUUUACUGGAGUUCUUUCUGCUUGUAGUCACUGUGGGUUGGUUGACGAAGGAAUGCUGUUUUUUGAUAUAAUGACCCAAGAUUUUGCGAUAGCUCCUAACAUUCAUCAUUAUGGGUGUGUGGUCGAUCUUUUAGGUCGUGCAGGAGAGCUUGAUCGGGCAUAUCAGGUUAUCAUGUCAAUGGAGGUCAAGCCAGAUUCAACAAUAUGGAGGACCUUACUAGGGGCUUGUAGGAUUCAUAGGCACGUUACACUUGGAGAACGUGUGGUUGGGCAUUUAAUUGAACUUAAGGCUCAGGAGGCUGGGGAUUAUGUUUUGUUGUUGAAUAUAUAUUCCUCAGUUGGGAAUUGGGAGAAGGUGACGGAAUUGAGAAAGUAUAUGAAGGAGAAAGGUAUCCAAACUACAGCCGGCUGUAGUUCAAUUCAAUUGAAUGGUGAGAUUCAUGAGUUUGUUGUGGAUGAUGUUUCUCAUCCUAGAAAGGAAGAGAUUUAUGAUAUGCUGAAUGAGAUUAAUAAGCAGCUCAAGAUUGCUGGUUAUGUUGUUGAAAUAACAUCUGAACUGCACAAUUUGGGUGCAAAAGAAAAGACUUAUGUACUUUCUUAUCAUAGUGAGAAGUUGGCAAUUGCUUUUGGAGUUCUCGCAACACCACCAGGCACAACAAUUAGAGUAGCCAAGAAUCUUCGGAUCUGUGUUGAUUGCCACAACUUUGCUAAGUUUCUCUCGGGGGUUUAUAAUCGAGAUCUAAUCAUAAGAGACCGUACUAGGUUUCACCAUUUCUGUCAAGGAAGCUGUUCCUGCAAUGACUACUGGUAAUAAUAAUUGAGAACAAUUAUUGGUACCAACAUUUGGGGUUGGAUAAGAAAACCUCAAGUAUCAUCAUGAAAUGCGAUUACUGUGAUUGAAAGGAACAGCUUCAGCCUUCAGUGUAAUGAUCAAUCUAUCUCCACAGGACACACCAAUGGUUUAAAUUUGGGUCUAUUUGGAGAUAUCUGGCUCAAGUCCUACUGGGAUGAGGUGGGAAGGUUUUGUGAAAUGGGGAAGGCUGUGACGUCUAUCUCACAAGGUCAAAAAGGGGGAAACAAGAAGCAAGCAGCUUCUGUGUGAGACAUCUUCUCCAGUGUGAAUAGUGGCAGAGAAGGGCUUUGGAACCUGUGGAUCCUGAACCUAUUGCGAAUGAACGGAUGCCUUGGAGAAUUGUUGCCGGUUGCACAAGCAUUUGUCUAAUAUUGUUCAGCUUCUAUCUGAGAGGCACAAGAUAGCUAUAGACCACUGUGACUCCGUUCUAAACCCGGAAUGCUAGUGUCCUCGUACUUGUAUUAUUUGUUAACGAGACCAAAUUUUAUAACCCAGAAAUACCAAAGUUAGUGCGAACAACAGCUAUGAAGUUUGUAUUUUGCUUCUGACUUGAAAAACAUUUACCACUGAACGUUGUCCUGACAAAGACAGAAAAUGCAGAAGUCUAUGCCACUGCUUACAA